GCUGUCCAACAGACACUGGCAUUGAUUAAGCCUGACGUGACAGUAACUGCAUGCAAACAGGAGGCUAUGAUUUCCAUGAUUAUUGACGCUGGAUUUAAGAUCGUCAAAGAACGUGAAAUCCACCUCUCUGUAGACCAGGCCCGUCUAUUCUAUCGCGAGCAUGAAAGCAAGCCUUUCUAUAAUGAUUUAGUUAACCUUAUGAGCAGUGGCCCUGUUUACGCCAUGGUGCUUGAGAAGGAAAAUGCAGUCCAAGCCUGGAGAGAGCUUAUGGGCCCAACAGACUCCAAGAAAGCAAGCGAGAUUGAUCCUAACUGGCAAGUCCUGCGCUUUUAG